AAAACAAAAAUUAAAGAUGUCUUUCGACCUAAAUCAUAAGUUUUGGGUGUCCACACGAAAGGAAAUUGAGCAGCUUAUCAAAAAACAGAAUCGUUUGAAGAAGAUAGACCCUCCCCAGGAGAAAGCCGUAUCGUUUAAAAUUUUUUCAGAACUCUAUGUACUUUACGUGGAACUGGUAGAUAAAUUAAGUUUCAUUUACCACAACACUUUUCAAGUGCAAAAACGAGCCAUAGUUCGGGUUUUGGUAGAGAGUGCCACUCAGCAGCUAAUGAAACUCAAGGAUGAGUUGAAGGACUUGGAAAUGAGCGAGUAUGUUUACAUAGAUAAGGCAUUGAUCGCCAGGAAGCUAACCCCGAGGGACUUGGUCAUUUGGAGAUCGCCACAGUUUCUGUACCGCCGUCCAUUGGAUAUUCAAAACAUUCUGGCCGACAACCGAUUGUACAUGAACGAGGAGGAAAAGGAGGAGAAGGCGGCGCAGGAUUGGGUUCCAGUUAGUGAUGCCAUCAAGCUCAUCCAAGCUCACGAAAGGGCACGCCGAGCUCGUGUAUAUAAGUCGAAUAUCAAGUACGACAAAAAGAAAUUCCUCAAGGUCCAUCAAAGAAAGAAAAUCAAUUAUAAAUUCACCUUUAAACCUGAUCAGGCGAUGAGUAUUCCCGUGAAGCGAACAAUUUUUACAGCCGACUUUAUUAAAACGGACGAGACCUGCGACGACUUACGAAAUAAAGACGAUGGAGGGGAUACAGCAGUGGAUGAUGAAGAAGCUAUAAAUAAAAUCCGGGAUACUGCUGCUUGCAAAAUUCAAAGCUGGUGGCGAGGAUAUCGGACAAGAAAAAUAGUUAAAAUAAGGAAAAGGUUCAAGGAAGAAUUAUACGGCAUGAAGAAAAUAAGAAAGCUGAAGCGACCGAAUCAGAAAGCCAAUGCAAUCAUGGAAAUGUACAAAAAUGAGAUGCUUAAAAAAAAGCUUGAUGAGGACUAUAUUAAUUUGAUUAAUGACGAGAGAACGAGGCUUUUGCAAGUCCGAAGUCCGUGGAUGAUGGAAGAUAUAUCCGACCAUAUUCGGGGCUGGUUUAAAGAAUUCUACGAUAAAACCGAGAACUUUCAUCCCUAUCCUGAUCCUGUGAAGAAGGGAACCGUAUUGGUUGUCAUUGACGAGACAAUGACGCCAAUGGAGUUUCAGGGAACUCUUGGAAAAAAGCCUUUGACAAAGGAAGAAAAAAAAAUCCGAGACAAGGAAAAGAAAGAGAAAAGAAAGAAAAAGGAAAAGCUCAAACUAAUAAAAAUGAAGGAAGCCAAACGCCGCAAAAAAUUAAGAGACGCUGGUAUCAUCGAUAUUGGCUAUGAGUUAGCUGCAAGCAAGCCCAUAGAAAAUAUUGAGGAAACAAUGAAGAAAUACGCAAAGGACUGGAGAAAUGUGGACGAGUAUCUAAACAAAAAUCACGAUCCUAUCAAAGAUUGGGUUACAGAAGAGGAACUGGCGAAAAUACAUCAGGAAGUUAGAGGCUUAGUCGACGAGUAUAUGAGGGUUGAAUAUGAAUUACUUCGAGAGGCCUUAGCAAAGGAUAGAAAUGAAAAAUACAAGGCCCUUAAGGUGAAGUAUCCUAAAAAGAAGAAGAACAAGAGGAAGAAAAAGCCAAAGGACAUGACAGGCGAUAGAACUCUGGAGUCCUUGUACCAAGAACUAAAAGACGGUGGAAUAAUAGAAGAAGUUGCCCACAAAGACUUCGAUGAAUUCAUUGCGGACUUUAACUUUUUAGCCGAUGACACUCGAAAUGAAGAUGACAUAACUACAAUCGGUCCAGCAAAAGGAGAUAUUAAAAUGGUUAUUCAAGAAUCAAUGCUGGGAAUGGGCGAAUUCGACAUUCCAAAACCCAAAUCUAUCUUACUAAUUGGACCCGUAAAUUGCGGAAAAAAACUGUUGUGUCAAAUAAUUUCAUCAGAAAUAAACGCGGUUUUCAUGAACCUGAGUCCCGAGAAGACGUACAAGUUCGCCGAUGACAUGAAGUAUUUCGUACAUGUGAUUGUAAAAGUAGCAAGGGCCUUUCAGCCAACUAUAAUGUUUGUCGAUGAAGCUCAUCGGUUGUACUGGAAAAAGAUUCCCCCCGAGGCGGUGGCGAUAAAGCCAAGACUGCUUGGCUCCUCGAUAGCCAGUAAAAUUUUAAAACCCCUGAAGAAAAAUGAUAAAGUUGUCCUCGUGGGCACGAGUUCAAUGCCAUGGGCGGCGAGAGGGGGCAUCAAAAGAGCAUUCCAAAAAGUCCUCCUAAUACCAAAGUGCGAUUAUGGAACUAGCUUCCUACUUUGGCUGGAACUGAUGACGGAAAACGCACCCGAUGAUAUGGCUGAGUAUGCCUACUCUGCCCUGGCGAGAGUACUGCAGGGUUAUAACUCCGGCGAAAUUGACGAUAAUGUUAAACAAACAUUAAGUAUCGACCGAAAAAUGCGUCUCAAGAACGAGGCCUUGGAUCCCAAUGAGUUCUUGGAGUACUUCAUCAGCAAGAAUGAGCCGCCGAUUUUCCCUAUAGAGAAUAAGCUAAUGGAAAAGUUUAACAAAUGGUUUGGAAAAUCUAACAAAUUGCAAAAACUAAGAAAUAGUUACUGGGCUCAAAAGUUGGCCAAGUCGAAAAAAAAGAAAUAGUUAGCUGAUUGACAUGCUCUAUGAAAUUUAAUAUAUCUAUGAACUUACCAUGGAAUUUAAAAAAAUUUGAUUAUGCACAAUAAGGACACAAGUAUAUUUAUGUAUUUUUUAUUGAAAAUAUAUAACCAAAGUUUUUCCUAUGGAAAAUAGUA